AUGUCGUCGAAACGAACCCUUUCGCCCCAAGACAGCCUCGAGUCGGAACCAAAACGCCCCAGAGUCACCUCCGAGUCACCCCAGCACGCGCAACUCAAGGUCCACGGCGGGCUAGACGACGAAGCUGCCGCCGUCGAGUCUCUCACGCCCACCUAUCGCCAUCUCGCCCGCUGCGGGAUCCAACGGUCCAUAGCCCUCGUCCUCAAGCACGAUGGCUUCUCGUCGGCGACUCCCGAAGCCAUGGAGAGUUUCACCAGCCUGGUCGAGUCAUACCUCGAGUCCAUCAUCCUCGAGACCAAGAGAGUCGCCCUGGCCGCUCGCCGCGAGCACCCCAUCCCCACGGAUUUCGAGCUCAUGCUGCGAUACCACAACCUCUCCACCUCGUCGCUCAAACCCCAACUUAAAAACCCAAUAGCCAGGGAAGAGCUCGCCCCCAGGUACACCAACAUCGUCGCCACAGACCCCGAUGCCCUCAGGAUGCUCCCCCUGCUCAGCUCCGAACUCAGUGGCCAGGCAGACAAGGAUGCCAAGCAGUUUAUACCCACCUCGUUCCCCGAUUUUCCCAGUCAGCACACCUACAUGUGCACUCUCCAGGAGGAUACCACCUCCCGCGACUCCCAGAAGAUCCGCGAGGAGGCGGCCCGGACCGCCCAGCAAGGGGAAGACGCGCUCAGAAGGCUGGUUCGCGCCUCCAAGAUGCGCAAGCAAAAGGAGGUCAAGUCCUUGGUGGAGCGGGACACGCAGGGCAAAGAGCGCUUCAGGCUCUGGGAGACGACCAUGAGGCGCUUCAUGGGCUCCGACGGACGUGGCGACAAUGCGAGCCUGGUGGAUAUUGCCGAUCACAGCAUGAUUGUCAACGGAGACGCCAUGUUCUCCCGCAAGGAGGUGUCCCGGCUUGGAAAGCGCUCAGCCGACCUGUCUGUAAACGGGACGUAG